AUGGCAACUGAGGUACGUUUCCCCUCUCAUCAACUUCAUCGCAGACAUUGCGCAAGCAUCGUGUGCCUCCUCAACCAAUUACCCCAACCCUGCUUGCAAUGAUUCCGUGCUAACUGUUAGCCCGUGAUUGCUACAGCGCGAGAGGUAUGUCGGAACGAUACCAGGCGGCGCCAUCCGACCGACACUGACAACAUGACAGCAAGACGUUCCUCGCACGACUGUGUGAGCAGGCUGAGCGCUACGAUGGUACGUCAUCUUGUGAGAAACUGUGAGAAGCACAUGCUAACGGCCCUUUGUAGAGAUGGUCGGAUACAUGAAGGUGAGAAUGGCAAAGUCUCCGUAUCUCUCGCGUAAUGACCGCUGACGUGUGAAAAUCAGGAAGUCGCAAAGGUAUGCCUACCGAUAAGCCCUCUUACCCAAUCGCGAAACCACGCAACCUCCCAGCAGCCCGCGAAAGACGCACACCAACUCUUCCCCAAACUGACUCCAGGUCCAGAUCGGCGGCGAGCUCACCGUCGACGAGCGCAACCUUCUCUCUGUCGCCUACAAGAACGUGGUGGGCACGCGUCGUGCUUCCUGGCGCAUCAUCUCGAGCAUCGAGCAGAAGGAGGAGGCCAAAGGCUCGGACAAGCACGUCGGUAUCAUCCGCGAUUACCGCCAGAAGAUCGAGACCGAGCUCGAGAAGGUCUGCCAAGAUGUCCUCGAUGUGCUCGACGAGAGCCUCAUCCCAAAGGCCGAGACCGGCGAGAGCAAGGUCUUCUACCAUAAGAUGUUAGUAUACACCGAGCAGAGCAGCAGGCAGCGCUUUUCUUUGACCCUCCGAUAUCCCGAGUCCGCAAUACUGACAACUUGGGACGACAGGAAGGGUGACUACCACCGCUACCUUGCCGAGUUCGCUUCUGGCGAGAAGCGCAAGACCGCCGCGACGGCUGCCCAUGAGGCCUACAAGGUAUGCGGCGUUUGGUGAUACCUCCCACGUGGUUUCGAAAGAUGCUAAAUUGUGUUUCAGAACGCCACCGACGUCGCCCAGACCGAGCUCACUCCUACUCACCCAAUCCGUCUCGGCCUCGCCCUCAACUUCUCAGUCUUCUACUACGAGAUCCUCAACUCACCCGACCGCGCGUGCCAUCUCGCCAAGCAGGCCUUCGACGACGCCAUUGCCGAGCUCGACAGCUUGUCCGAGGAGUCGUACCGCGACAGCACCCUCAUCAUGCAGCUUCUGCGUGACAACCUCACUCUCUGGACCUCAUCGGACGGUGGCGAGCCAGAUGCCGCCGCGGGCGAGGCCAAGGGCGAGGAGAAAGCUGCCGAGCCAGCGACAGAGCCCCCAGCGGCUGAGGCCGAGUCGAAGCCGGCUGCCUAA